GGUCGCCGGUUGUGGGGACGCGCCGGGCCGGGCGGCCGCGCCGCGGGCUGCUAGCGCUGCGGCCCCGACCCUCCCGGGGCAGCAGCCCGAGCCCCCGGCGCGUCCCCGAGCCAUGCUGGUAGCCGCGCUUCUCUGCGCGCUGUGCUGCGGCCUCCUGGUUGCAUCCGCUCGCGCCGGCUACUCCGAGGACCGCUGCAGCUGGAGGGGCAGCGGUUUGACCCAGGAGCCCGGCAGCGUGGGGCAGCUGACCCUGGAUUGUACUGAGGGCGCUAUCGAGUGGCUGUAUCCAGCCGGGGCGCUGCGCCUGACCCUGGGCAGCCCCGAUCCGGGCACGCGGCCCAGCAUCGUCUGUCUGCGUCCAGCGCGGCCUUUCGCUGGUGCCCAGGUCUUCGCCGAACGGAUGGGCGGCAACCUAGAGUUGCUACUGGCGGAGGGCCCAGACCUGGCUGGGGGCCGCUGCAUGCGCUGGGGUCCCCGCGAGCGCCGAGCCCUUUUCCUGCAGGCCACACCACACCGCGACAUCAGCCGCAGGGUUGCUGCCUUCCGUUUUGAGCUGCACGAGGAUCAACGUGCAGAAAUGUCUCCCCAGGCCCAAGGUCUUGGUGUGGAUGGUGCCUGCAGGCCCUGCGGUGAUGCUGAGCUCCUUCUGGCUGCAUGUACCAGUGACUUCGUGAUCCAUGGGACCAUUCAUGGCGUCACCCACGACGAGGAGCUGCAAGAAUCAGUCAUCACUGUGCUGGCCACCCGUGUCAUCCGCCAGACACUGCCACUGUUGCAGGAAGGGAGCUCGGAGGGCCAGGGCCAUGCCUCCUUUCGUACCUUGUUGCGCUGUGGUGUGCGUCCUGGCCCAGGCUCCUUCCUCUUCAUGGGCUGGAGCCGAUUUGGCGAAGCUUGGCUGGGCUGUGCUCCCCGCUUCCAAGAGUUCAGCCGUGUCUAUACAGCUGCCCUUAGAGCCCACAUCAACCCAUGUGAGGUGGCACUGGACUGAGAGACCUGGGAGCAAGCCCUGGCUGGACCUUCCUCUGGAGAUGGGGUGCUGGGGAGGGAUGAUAGGAGGGUGGGGGGGAGGGUGUGGCUCAGGUGGCAUCCUGGUGCCCACAGGGAGAUGAUAGAAUACUGAAUAACCGGAUCACACCGGCCGCUGUAGACAUGGUCUUCUGUGGCACACUCAGCUCUGCUCCUGCCUCACUUGCUCUUCUCUCUGCUGCCCUCCUAAGCCUUCUUAGCCUGCUGACCAGUGAGCACUUGCUUCCUCUAACUCCAGAGUGCUGUUGGGGCUCAAAGCAGCAGUGCUGUAAUUCUCAAGACUUGGGCUAAUUUGA